CCUUAACCCUCCCACCAUUUUCAUAUCGGUCACUCUUCAAACUCUUAAAGCUUAUAUCUCAAAAGCCAUCCAAGAAUUUCCAGGCCUUGUUAAUUUUGAGAUAUGGCUUCAAGAACUGUGGCCUACACUGCCCUUCUCCUGUCUCUCAACCUCCUCUUCUUCACAUUGGUGAGCUCUUCCUCUUGCCCACCACCAUCACCAAAACCAAAAGGCCCUUCACCUCAACCGAGUAACCCAUCGCCAAAGCCAAAAACCCCGGCACCAAGCAACCCAUCGCCAAAGCCAAAACUCCCUUCACCUCAACCGAGUAACCCAUCCCCAAAGCCAAAAACCCCGGCACCAAGCAACCCAUCGCCAAAGCCAAAACUCCCUUCACCUAAACCAAGCAACCCAUCACCUAAACCAAGCAACCCAUCGCCUACACCAUCAAACGGUGCUUGCCCUAGGGACACAUUAAAGCUUGGUGUAUGUGUGGACCUGUUGAAGGGUUUGCUGGGCAUUACAAUUGGUAGCCCACCAACGACCCCUUGCUGCAGCCUUCUGACUGAUCUUGUUGAUUUGGAAGCCGCUGUUUGCCUUUGCACUACCAUCAAAGCUAGUGUCUUGGGCAUUAACAUAAAUCUUCCCAUUGACCUUAGCUUGUUGCUCAACUCCUGUGGGAGGAAGGUUCCUGAAGGAUUCAAGUGCGCAUAAAUUCAUUCCACUCGAUCAGUUCCAAAUUAAUAAUUUUCAAUAAUUUCCUAUAUAUGGUUGCGAUACGCUUAUCGCAUUAAAUCAAUAAUUUCUCAUUAUGUUUUUAUUUUCUGGAUAAAAAGGCUUCUAGCCUUUUUGCAUUUGUAUCUUUCCACAGAAUUUAAUUUAGUAAAAAUUAUAUUUUCGUA